UGUUGUAAUCGAAGGAUUGAAAUUUGUAAUGUCAUGCUUCAACAAUCAUCUGUGACAAACCUUGUAAAAAAAUUAGAAACAAUUAUUUGUUAUUAACGUAUUAAUCAAAACAAUUUCAUGUAAAAUUAUCAAGAUUUCAUAUUGAAACCAAACAUCUGCAGAAACAAACGUAUAUUUGAAUUUAGGUUAUUGGAAAUAUGCCUGAGUAAUGGCCACUACUAAAGUUCCGGAACAAAAAGUUAUUCUUUGCGGAGAAUUUGGAGUUGGAAAAAGCUCACUUUUUAGAAGAUUUGCUACAAAUACUUUUGUUUCAUGUUCAGAUCGCCAUUCGACCCUUGGACUUGAUCACUUUGAUAAAAUAUUUAAUGUUCAUGGCAGAAGUGUUCGCCUCCAGCUAUGGGACACAGGAGGAAUGGAAAGAGUUGCCUCUAUAACAAGUAGUUACUACAAGUUUGCAGAAGCAGCCAUACUAGUGUUUAGCUUUGACAGUCCCGAUUCCUUCAAUAUCUUAUCCCAACACUUACUGGACAUAGUUACCUAUGCUGAAAGUGCCAAAAUAUUUCUGUGUGGAAAUAAGACGGAUCUGUUGAGCCAGAACUCCAAUGACUCUAUCACAGAUGCCGAUAUCGAAAACUUCUGUGAGCAGUGCCACAAUCUUGUGAGUGGAAUUUAUAAAACUUCAUGUAAAUCAGGUGCAGGUGUAGAAGAAAUGUUUAAUGAUAUCGCGAGGCAAUUGGUUGGCACCUGCAGAGUCAAAGAUAUUGAGUUAGAAGUGAAAGAUUCCUUUAAAGUUAGUGCUCAGGAUGAACCAAACCAAUCCUGCUCUUGCUAGUUUUCCUGAUUGAUUCCAGGGUUCGUACG